CCCUCCUUCAGCGACCCCGAGGAUUUCGUGGACGACGUGAGCGAAGAAGAAUUAUUGGGAGACAUACUCAAAGAUCGGCCACAGGAAGCAGAUGGAAUUGAUUCGGUGAUCGUGGUUGACAAUGUUCCUCAGGUGGGACCAGACCGUCUGGAAAAACUCAAAAAUGUCAUCCAUAAGAUCUUUUCUAAAUUUGGGAAAAUCACAAAUGAUUUUUAUCCAGAGGAGGAUGGAAAGACAAAGGGGUACAUUUUCCUGGAGUAUGCAUCUCCUGCCCAUGCUUUGGAUGCUGUGAAAAAUGCCGACGGCUACAAGCUUGACAAGCAACACACGUUCAGAGUCAAUCUCUUCACCGACUUUGACAAGUACAUGACAAUCAGUGAUGAAUGGGAUAUUCCAGAGAAACAGCCUUUCAAAGACUUGGGGAAUUUACGUUACUGGCUGGAGGAGGCAGAGUGCAGAGAUCAGUACAGUGUGAUCUUCGAGAGUGGAGACCGCACUUCCAUAUUCUGGAACGACGUGAAGGACCCUGUCUCGAUUGAGGAGAGAGCGCGGUGGACAGAGACAUACGUGCGGUGGUCUCCUAAGGGCACCUACUUGGCGACCUUUCAUCAGCGAGGCAUCGCGCUCUGGGGGGGAGAGAAAUUCAAACAGAUUCAGAGAUUCAGCCACCAGGGGGUUCAGCUCAUUGACUUCUCACCUUGUGAAAGAUACCUGGUGACUUUCAGCCCCCUGAUGGACACUCAGGACGACCCUCAGGCCAUCAUCAUCUGGGACAUCCUUACUGGGCAGAAGAAGAGAGGCUUUCACUGUGAAAGCUCGGCCCACUGGCCUAUUUUCAAGUGGAGCCAUGAUGGUAAAUUCUUUGCCAGAAUGACACUCGAUACCCUCAGCAUCUACGAAACUCCUUCUAUGGGCCUCUUGGACAAGAGGAGCUUGAAGAUCUCCGGCAUAAAAGACUUUUCUUGGUCUCCAGGUGGGAACAUAAUAGCCUUUUGGGUGCCUGAGGACAAAGAUAUCCCAGCCAGGGUCACCCUGAUGCAACUUCCCACCAGACAAGAGAUCAGAGUUAGGAAUCUAUUUAAUGUUGUGGAUUGCAAACUACAUUGGCAAAAAAAUGGCGAUUACUUGUGUGUUAAAGUAGAUAGGACUCCGAAAGGUACCCAGGGUGUUGUCACGAAUUUUGAAAUUUUCCGAAUGAGGGAAAAACAGGUACCUGUGGAUGUGGUGGAAAUGAAAGAAACCAUCAUAGCCUUUGCCUGGGAGCCCAAUGGCAGCAAGUUCGCGGUGCUGCACGGGGAGGCUCCUCGGAUUUCGGUUUCCUUCUACCACGUGAAGAGCAACGGGAAGAUCGAGCUCAUCAAAAUGUUUGACAAGCAGCAGGCCAAUACCAUCUUCUGGAGUCCCCAAGGACAGUUCGUAGUGUUGGCGGGUCUGAGGAGCAUGAACGGCGCUUUGGCGUUUGUGGACACCUCAGACUGCACAGUCAUGAACAUCGCAGAACACUACAUGGCCUCCGAUGUGGAGUGGGACCCGACGGGGCGAUACGUGGUCACCUCUGUGUCCUGGUGGAGCCAUAAGGUGGACAACGCUUACUGGCUGUGGACUUUCCAAGGACGCCUUCUGCAGAAGAAUAAUAAAGACCGCUUUUGCCAGCUGCUGUGGAGACCUCGGCCCCCAACACUCCUGAGCCAGGAUCAGAUAAAGCAAAUUAAAAAAGAUCUGAAGAAAUACUCCAAGAUCUUUGAACAGAAGGAUCGUUUGAGCCAGUCCAAAGCCUCCAAGGAACUGGUGGAGAGACGACGAACCAUGAUGGAAGAUUUCCGAAAGUACCGGAAAAUGGCCCAGGAACUCUACAUGGAGCAGAAAAACGAACGUCUAGAACUGCGAGGAGGUGUGGACACCGAUGAGCUGGACAGCAACGUGGACGACUGGGAGGAAGAGACCAUCGAGUUUUUUGUCACUGAAGACAUCAUUCCUCUUGGGAGUCAGGAGUGAUCUGAGACCGCCAGGCGCCACCUUGUGCUGGAGCCAGGGUCGUCCUUUGCAGACAGCCUGCGCGGUUCCUGAACUUGACACAGUCCCUGGGCCUUUCUCGCUCUGGACUGGCUGCAGCUGGAAGUCCCCGUCUCCACACAUAGUCGUGCCUUUCAGCCCCUGGUGACUACAGCAGGGCGGUUUUAAGGCACUGCUUUAAGUCUCUCCUCGUUUGCGUUUUUUACUCUCUCACCACCAGUAUUUGUCACUCAGACUGACGCGUGCCGCAGCAGGUCCCCUUCCUCCUGCUGCUGGCACUUCUGAGGUGCACCGUCCACAGCCGAGCCUCCCCCUCCAGGGCUCUCACUGUCCUGUGCGUGUGGGCCGGUGUCGGUUGUGUCCUGGACACCUGCACAGGAGCAGUGCACCGCUUGUGUCCUGGUGUGCUGGGGGGCACUGCAGCGUGUGGCCCCCCGCCAUUCAGGCUGUGGCAGGUUCUCUCAACAGGCUGAACGUGGAAAUAAAAGCAAACCUGUAUGAAAAA